UGCAGCGCUGCGGGGAGGCGGUUCGGCUCCUGGCAGCGCCCGAAGGACCGCGAGGUGGCCGGCGGUGCAGCAUGCCUUCCUCCUGAUCCCUGAGCGCGGUUAGGAAGCGAUCCCAGAGCGAUGUCUGCCACGCGUGGCAAUGGAGAGCACUGGAAGUCCCUGGAGUCGGUGGGCAUCAGCCGCAAGGAGCUGGCGCUGGCCGAGGCCCUGCAGAUGGAAUACGACGCGCUGUCACGCCUGCGGCAGGACAAGGAGGAGAGCCGGGCCAAGCAGCGUCACGAGCCGCCCCUCAUCUCGUGGGAUGAGCCUGAAAACACCCAUGGGUGCACCGGGAUCAAAGCGACGCGUGUUCUGUCCGGCUCCGACCCUGCACUCUGCAAUAACGCAGCGCCCGAGGGGCUGACGCCAACCCUCCCCAUGCCCCCAGCACAGCCCAAUGCUGCACCCACCGGCACAGAGGGUCCGGCCUGGCUGAAGACCCCGCUGGCCGGGGACUACCUCUACAUCUUCGAUGGUUCUGAAGGGGACUUUCUCGGGGAGCCCUUAAAUGGCACUUCAGCUCUUGACAGCAAUGGGGGAUCCCCCAAAAAGCUCUCCCCGCCGCCGCUGCCCCCCCGGAACUCCGUGUGGAGCCACCCCGAAGGCAGCAGGCGCCUGGGGAAGGGAUCCCCGCCGUCCUCCAAAGGACCCCAGCCCAGGGACGUCAACGUCUUCUCAGCCCAUGAGCAGCCCCGUGGCAAGCUGCUCGCCCGCCGCAUCUCCGAGGAGGAUCCCUACGGCCUGGCUGACUACGAGGGCAUCAACGAUGCCAUCACCUGCCUCAACCUGAAGUCCACCUACGAGUCCCAGGUGCUGCGGGAAGCUGCCCGCAGCUGGAAGGAAGGCAGGAGCAUUUUUGAGAAGGAAUCGAGUGGUAAACCGGUGGCACGGAGCAAAACGAUGCCCCCUCAGGUCCCCCCACGGACCUACGUCUCCCGGUUUGGCAACAGGAAGAAUGUGGCACCCAACAAGAACCGCAGGAUCUCUGCUGAUCCGGUCCCACCCAGGCCACGCUCCUUAGCCAAUGGCUAUGAGCUCUUUGAGGUGUCGGAGGAGAGGGACGAGGAGGUGGCUGCUUUCUGCCAUAUGCUGGAUGUGCUGCGGUCCAGCUCCAGCCCCCAGGACUAUUCCCUGACCGGCUUCGUGUGGAGUGCAGUCAGCCUCAGCCCUGAGCACCUGGGGCACGGCAUCAGCCUGAAGGUGACAGUGCUAUGUGACAGCCUGCGGGAGCCCCUCACCUUCACCUGCGACUGCUCCUCCACUGUGGAUCUGCUCAUCUACCAGACGCUGUGCUACACGCACGACGAGCUGCACACCGUUGAUGUUGAGGAUUUUGUGCUCAAGCUCUGUGGCCUGGAGGAAUUCUUGCAAAACAAGCACGCAUUAGGGAGCCAUGAAUACAUCCAGCACUGCAGGAAAUUUGACAUCGACAUCCGCCUGCAGCUGAUGAGGAGGAAGGCGGUGCGCAGCGACCUGGCCCGGACGGCCAGCGAUGAUCAAAGCCCCUCCACCCUCAAUCACUACAUCCACCUACAGGAGAGGCCUAUCAAGCAGACCAUCAGCAGGCAGGCCCUGAGUCUCCUCUUUGACACCUUCCACAACGAGGUGGAUGCAUUCCUGGCAGCUGAGGGAGACUUUCCACUGAAGGCAGAGAGGGUGAUCCAGUCGGUCAUGGCCAUCUGCAACGCCCUGGCUGCCGUUGAGUCGCAGGAAAUCACAACAGCCCUCAACCAGAUGCCCCCCUGUCCCUCCCGCAUGCAGCCCAAAAUCCAGAAGGAUCCAAAUGUUCUGGCCAAGAGGGAAAAUCGAGAGAGGAUCGUGGAGAGCCUGACGGCUGCCAUCCUGGACCUGGUGGGGCUUUACUGCAGCACCUUCAAUGCUGACUUCCAGACAGCUGUGCAAUGGAGCCGGGAGCACGGCGUGGUGCAGGAGGCUCGCCUGCUCUCCUGCCCACUCUCCUUCACCGUUUACGCCACGCACCGCAUCCCCAUCACCUGGGCUGCCAGCUAUGAAGAUUUCUACCUCUCUUGCUCCAUCACACACGGUGGUAAGGAGCUGUGCAGCCCCCUGCACACCAGAAAGGCCCACGUCUACAAGUACCUUUUCCACCUCAUCAUAUGGGACCAGCAGAUCUGCUUCCCCGUCCAGGUGAACCGACUGCCUCGGGAGACGCUGCUCAGCGUCACGCUCUUCGCCGUGCCCGUCCCCCCCCCGGGGAACUCCUCUGACACCAACAGGCAGCGGCGGGUCCCUGAGGCCCUGGGCUGGGUCACCACUCCGCUCUUCAACUUCAGGCAGGUUCUGACCUGCGGGAGAAAGCUUUUGGGCUUGUGGCCGGCAACCCAGGACAACUCCAGAGCCAGAUCGAGUGCCCCCAACUUCAACCAGCCCGACAGCGUCAUCCUGCAGAUCGAUUUCCCCACCUCUGCUUUCGACGUGAAGUUCGUGAGCCCGCUGGCGGCCGAGGUGAGCCCCAAGUACGAAUUUGGCAGCCUGGGUGAGGAGGACCAGCGCAGGCUGCGGGAGGCGAUGCAGAAGAAAUCGCUCUAUUGGUUGACAGAUGCGGACCGCAAACGGCUGUGGGAGAAGCGCUACUACUGCCACGCAGCACCUGGCUCACUGCCCAUGCUGCUGGCCAGUGCACCCAGCUGGGAGUGGGCCUGCCUGCCUGACAUCUAUGCCCUGCUGAGCCAGUGGACCUACAUGAGCCACCAGGAUGCCCUGGGACUCCUUCACGCCACGUUCCCGGACCAGGAGGUGAGGAGGACAGCCGUGCAGUGGAUUGACUCCAUCUCUGACACAGAGCUGCUGGAUUACCUGCCCCAGCUGGUCCAGGCUUUGAAAUAUGAAUGCUACCUGGACAGCCCACUGGUGCGCUUCCUCAUGAAGCGAGCGAUCUGCGACCUGAAAAUCACCCACUAUUUCUUCUGGCUGCUGAAGGAUGGCCUGAAAGAUUCCCAGUUCAGCAUCCGCUACCAGUACCUGUUGGCAGCUCUGCUGUGCUGCUGUGGGAAGGGACUGCGGGAGGAGUUUGACCGGCAGUGCCUGCUGGUCAACACAUUGGCCAGGCUGGCCCAACAAGUGCGGGAUGCUGCUCCAUCCUCACGCCAGGGCAUCCUGCGUGAGGGGCUGGAGGAGGUGAAGCAGUUUUUCAAGGCUAACGGGUCGUGCCGGCUGCCUCUCAGCCCCAGCCUGCUGGUGAAGGGGAUAGUGCCCCGGGACUGUUCCUAUUUCAACUCCAACGCCGUCCCGCUGAAGCUCUCCUUCCAGAACGUCGAUCCCCUUGGAGAAAAUAUCCGGGUCAUCUUCAAGUGUGGCGAUGAUCUGCGGCAGGACAUGCUGACACUGCAGAUGAUCCGGAUCAUGAACAAAAUCUGGGUGCAGGAGGGGCUGGACAUGCGCAUGGUCAUCUUCCGCUGCUUCUCCACAGGUCGUGGACGAGGCAUGGUGGAGAUGAUCCCCAACGCCGAGACCCUACGGAAAAUCCAGGUGGAGCACGGUGUGACGGGCUCCUUUAAGGACAGACCACUGGCUGACUGGCUACAGAAACACAACCCUGAGGAGGAUGAGUAUGAGAAGGCUGUGGAGAACUUCAUCUACUCCUGCGCUGGCUGCUGUGUGGCCACCUAUGUGCUGGGGAUCUGCGAUCGACACAACGACAACAUCAUGCUCAAGACCACCGGCCACAUGUUUCACAUCGAUUUUGGCAGGUUCCUGGGCCACGCUCAGAUGUUUGGCAACAUCAAGAGGGACCGGGCACCGUUUGUCUUCACUUCAGACAUGGCAUACGUCAUCAAUGGUGGGGACAAGCCCUCUAGCCGCUUCCACGACUUCGUCGAUCUGUGCUGCCAGGCCUAUAACCUGAUCCGCAAGCACACCCAUCUCUUCCUCAACCUGCUGGGGCUGAUGCUGUCCUGUGGCAUCCCUGAACUUUCCGACCUGGAGGACCUCAAAUAUGUCUACGAUGCACUAAGGCCACAGGACACUGACGCUGAUGCUACCACCUACUUCACCAGGUUGAUUGAGUCCAGCCUGGGCAGUGUGGCCACCAAGCUCAACUUCUUCAUCCACAACCUGGCACAGAUGAAGUUCACAGGCUCUGAUGCCCGCCCCACCCUCUCCUUUGCCCCCCGCACACACACCAUCAAGACAUCCGGCCGGAUCUGCGAUGUCUUCCUCUGCCGCCAUGAGAGGGUCUUCAACCCCAGCAAGGGCUACACCUACGUGGUGAAGGUGAAACGGGAGAGCCCGAGCGAGGUGACCUUUGUGCAGCGCACCUUUGAGGAGUUCCAGGAGUUGCACAACAAGCUGCGCCUGCUCUUCCCCUCCUCGCUGCUGCCCAGCUUCCCCAGCAGGUUCAUUAUCGGCCGGUCACGAGGAGAGGCAGUGGCUGAGAGGAGGAAAGAAGAACUCAAUGGCUACAUCUGGCAUCUCAUCCACGCUGCCCCUGAAGUGGCCGAGUGUGACCUCAUCUAUACCUUUUUCCACCCACUACCCAGAGAUGAGAAGGCAGCUGGCACCAACCCGGCCCCAAAGCCGGCAGACACCACAUGGGCUCGUCCCCUGGGGAAGGUUGGCGGGGAGGUGAAGCUCUCCAUCUCCUACAAGAACAACAAGCUCUUCAUCAUGGUGAUGCACAUCCGGGGGCUGCAGCCCCUCCAGGAUGGCAAUGACCCUGACCCCUACGUCAAGACCUACCUGCUGCCUGACCCCCAGAAAACCACUAAGAGGAAAACCAAAGUGGCCCGGAAAACCUGCAACCCUACCUACAACGAGAUGCUGGUCUACGAUGGGGUGCCUCGGGGUGACCUGCAGCAACGGGAACUGCGGCUGAGCGUGCUGAGCGAGGAAGGCUUUUGGGAGAACAUUCUCCUUGGGGAGGUCGGCAUCCGUCUGCGGGACCUCGAUUUGGCACAGGAGAAGAUGGGGUGGUUCGCCCUUGGAUCCCGCGGCCACGGCACGCUCUGAGCUCCGGGAAUGGGCACCGAUGCCAAGAGGUGCCCAGAGGGAGCUGCCGUUAGACGUCUUCUUUUUUAAGUUUACCUUGUGUCAAGGGAGCAAUG